CGUUAUCGAAGAAUAAUGAGCAAAUAUUUUAAAACUGCUUCAGACAAGAAGAGAAAAUCAACUGAUCCAUUCGGAGCAAUUUCUCAAAUCUGCCAUCAGAAGGAUGAAAAGAAAGCUCUCGCGAAUUACAGUACUUGGUUACAGGAAAGACAUGCUGUUCAUAAUAAGCUGUCUAGAAAAUUGAAACGACAAUCUGGGGAGCUGCUGAUGAAUGUUGGAGAAGAAUCUAACCAAGUCAAGGAAGAGAAGAAAGCUUUAGAAUAUACAAGAAUACCUCAGACAUUCGAUAAAUAUCGGGGAAACCCAGAAUGGUGGGAAUUCCCACCAGGCUUGCACGAUAAAUGUUCAUGUAGCAGGCAAGAGGUUACAUAUUUUUAUCAAAAAACCAAAGAGCAAAGGAACGAAAUUCCUGAGAUAGAGAAAGUUGGACUGCCUGGUUUCAUCAAAAACGAGAAAAUGUUAUACCCAAGAACAAGGAAUGUUUACCGGAAGUGGCAAGAUUCAAACUAUCGCAAGAAUAGAGUAGAAGAGCUUUCUUCGCUUCUGAAAAAUAUUGAACCCCAUAAUCCAGAAUUUGACCGGUUGAUUGUGAUUGGAAGAAAUGCACCAUGUAAACAUGAAGAAUCGCAGACUAUUACCAGUCUCAGCAAGAGUUUUAGCGACAUGAGAGAUGGAAGGAGAAAAACCAGUGUUUACGAUUCUUCCCUCAAAUGUUGCUUGAAAAUAAAUGGGGUCUACUUUUAUGAAAACUCCCAGUCGUUAUCUACUUCCAGAAAAUUUCACGUUCUCUUCGAGUACGACGUUCAAAGCUUGCCUCUACAAACUCAAUAUAUAGUAUUUGAAAAUGUGGGAAGAGUCACCAUAAGAAUAUCUUGGAAAAAAAUGAAAAAAUUCAGGUUGUUCAGAGACAUCACAAAGAGAAAUAAUACAGAAUUCUUCUGUUUCGAUAAGAACAUGCUGAUACUUGUUCCUGGACAAAUAUUCAACUUUCCCAUAUGGUUCAGAACGAAGAAAGUUUGCACUGUGGUCGACACUUGGGAGAUCACAACGAUUCCAAAGUUCUGGUCCGAAAGCAUUCGGGUGUUCUUCGUUCUGCAAGCUCAGACUCAUAUUGAAAAUUUUAUGACAAGGAUCAGGAAUAUCAAGUUGACUAUAAACCAAAGAGUUAAGAAGAGGAUAAUCAAGGAGAUAAUAGAGGAUAUAAUGAAGAAAUCGAAAUACCAGGUUUAUAAGACUAUAGAUUACUCUUAUUAUGAACCUGAAUUAUUUGAGGCGAUGAAUUUCGAUGACUCGCAGCCUUUGCGUGAACCUAAAUAUCAGUACGAUAAAGAUACUGUCGAACAGUUGAAGAAAUUUUACGCUGAAGUAAGGCAAUCUUAUCAUCCGAAAAGAUGGAAUUUGAAUGUUUGGGACCUACAAAUUCUCGCUAGAGUUAAAGAUCUGAUAGAUUACGCGGAAAUGCGAACAUCCGAAUUCAGUAGAUAUAGAGCGAUGAUGGCCUCCAAGUGUGAUAUGCUGGAUGAUAAAAAAAGAAGUACGUCAGAAAUUAUACUGAAAAACAAACUAUCAGGUUCGGAAAUAGAUGGUCAGUCGGAUCCAUUUCUACAGAAAGAAUCCAGAUAUGGGCAAUUGAUGAAAUUAUUGUGGAACAUGUCACCUCCUUCCAUAUCCGUCAAUACAGAAAGGACGAAGUAUUUUCAAGUUUAUUCCAUAUUCAAUGCAUAUUUCACACUCAUUUCUUUGGAACUUCACCAAAUCAAAACAUUUUCAACAAGUCUGAAUGAACAUUCUCAGAAUUCUCAGGGUAAUGUACUUCGUCUAAUUUUCGAGAAAUUCGAUGAAACUCAACUAAUUCGUACCAAGAGAGCUUUUCAGGAGGACACUUACGCGCAACCUAAGCCCGAAAUAUUGCAAGAUAUCUCAGCCACCGAAGUUCAGAAGAUACACAGUUUAUAUUUCACGAGUACUUCUUCCUACACGGCUGUGGGUAAAAAAGCGGAUAAGAACGAGAAGAAAAAGGGCAAGCAAGAGGAUAAUAGGAUGUCGAAAGCUAAACCAAGCCAGAUACCAUCCACCCUGAGCAGGAGUUCAUUGGAUGAGAUGGGAUUGGUGAACCUCGACUUUGACCCAUUCGAUGACAUACCUGAAUAUCCUAGAGAAACUUUACCGAUGAAGCGAUCAUCAGUGGAAUCUGGAGAUAAAUCACAUGAUCUAUCAGAAAAGGGGCAAGAAAAUGAAAAUAACAAUUUUCUUAAUAUUUACGUUAUUAUAUACACUCACUUGUGUAAUGCUAUAGAUGCCAUGGUUGAUGCGUUGGAAAGUGCAAGGGAAUACAAAGUGCCCCAUGAGAAUAUCGAACAACUGAAAGCCUGUUUCAAGCUAUUCCUUGACGAAGAAGAAGUAGAAACAGAGGAUCGCCCUAUUAACCCCUUCACAAACCCCGAAGAGCGUGAUUAUUUCGAAAAAAUUCUGAGAGCUCAUUUGAACGAAGUAACUGGUAAAUAUUUGAUUUGCGGUAAAACUGAAGAAGUAACAAUUCAACGUCACCCGGUUUCCUUUUGGAGUGCAGAGAAGGAAAUAAUCCCGGAAAUACCCCAAGCGCCCUCUAUAUUUUCUCUAUAUAAGCCCGUACCAGAUGAAAUUCGAUAUGUAGAAAAAGGAGCCCAAACACCACAAGUUACUGAAGUAUACGAGAUUGAGACAGUUUCAUUUGGUAGUAAGGAAAUCUGCGAGUGUCCUUCCGAGUAUAGACAGUCUCCAGCCUCUCCACCGGAAAGGUUUUAUUAUUCAGACGAUGAAGUAUUUGGUGAACCAGAUGAUCAAGGAGGUGUCUCUAAGGAGACCUCAUCGAGAAUCGGCCAAAGCUCUUCCGAUGAAGCCAAUGAAAUUCCUAAAAAAUCAGCUUCUUCUGUUCGUGGAGCUUCUCUGUCACUACUGAAGGAGUGGAAUAAGAAACAGUGCUCGAAAAAUGAAUUGGAAGAAGUGCAAAAUCGACCUACCUGAAAGCUUUUUCGCUCUUUCCAAAAAGGAUUCCCGAUUGUGCUUCUUUGUGAUUUUUGUCGACUAGCCAAUCUUUCAACAUCAGUUCAUCUUUAAUGAAUGUUAUCAUCUCUAUUUUCUGUCAUAAGUUAUUAAAUUUGAAAAGGUA